AGAUGGCGGCGGCGCCCGGGCGCUGACGCCACCGGUCACUUCCGGCCGGAGGGCGGCCAUGGGGCGGCGAGGCCGGAGCGGGCCGUGCCGGCGGUCGAGCGGGGGGUCCCGCCCGCUGCCGAAGAACCUGGAACUGAAAUGACGUCCUGACAGCUGGGAGCAUCACAGACCCGGAAUGACUGGGGAGAAGCUGCUUUGGUUGGCAAUCCGUGAUCCUGUGUGUCCGUUGACAGGUGCCGGCACUUCCCAUCUGGUCAGUCAAGGCUGGAGGGCUAGGCCUGGAUCUGCUCUUUACCUUUGAGGGAGAUCUGGACCUCUCCUCCCACACCCCGAGGAGCCAUGGAGGACAAACGCAACAUCCCCAUCAUUGAGUGGGAGCACCUGGACAAGAGGAAAUUCUACGUGUUUGGGAUUUGCAUGACUAUGAUGAUCCGGGUGAGCGUUUACCCCUUCACGCUCAUCCGGACGCGGCUGCAGGUUCAGAAGGGCAAGAGCCUCUACAACGGGACUUUCGAUGCCUUUGUGAAAAUCCUGCGGACAGAAGGGACGGCCGGGCUCUACCGUGGCUUUUUGGUGAACACCUUCACGCUGAUCUCGGGGCAGUGCUAUGUGACAACAUACGAGCUCACUCGGAAGUACGUGUCGCGCUACAACAACAACAACGCCGUGAAGUCGCUGGUGGCUGGCGGCUCAGCCUCCCUGGUGGCCCAGAGCAUCACAGUGCCCAUCGAUGUUAUCUCCCAGCACCUCAUGAUGCAGAGGAAAGGGGAAAGCAUGGGCAGGUUCAAGGUGCAGAGCCAUGAUGGCAAACGGCUUCUUGUCUUUGGUCAAACCAAGGACAUCAUUGUACAGAUUUUCAAGGCCGAUGGUUUUAGAGGCUUCUACAGAGGCUACGUGGCCUCGCUGCUCACUUAUAUUCCCAACAGUGCAGUCUGGUGGCCCUUCUACCACUUCUAUGCUGAGCAGCUUUCAAGCUUGACUCCUAAAGACUGUCCCCACCUCCUCCUGCAGGCGAUAUCGGGGCCACUUGCAGCUGCAACAGCUUCCACACUCACCAACCCCAUGGACGUGGUCAGGGCUCGGGUCCAGGUGGAAGGCAAGAGCUCCAUCAUCCUCACCUUCAAACAGCUCAUUGCAGAGGAAGGUCCCUGGGGGCUGACUAAAGGCCUCUCCGCCCGCAUCAUCUCAGCCACUCCUUCCACCAUCGUCAUCGUGGUGGGGUACGAGACGCUGAAGAAGCUGAGCCUCCGCCCGGAGCUGGUGGACUCGAGGCACUGGUAGAGGCAGCUGGUGGGAGAGAACCUUUGUGAACCCUCUGAGCUCGGACUGUCAUGGGGGAGAGCCCAGGAGGAGACGCAGCUGCUGUGCCUUUGUCUCUGGCUGGUGUCGCAGCACAAGGCAGAUGCAGGAGCAACUGCACUUCACCUCUUUAGGUUUGAGUGUCAUACAAGUCUCUGCUGCUGGUUUUGCUUAAAACCAUCAAACUGUGACCUUUGGCAACGCUGUUUGCCUGGGACAGUCCAUUCCAGGUGUGUGUGAACACAUCCUGGCAGGUUAUUAAUUCCUUUUUUUUUUUAAUUAAAGACUUACUGGCUGAAGCAAAAAGCCAGUUUAUUCUCUUUAAAUUAUUUUAAUCUUUGCCAAACUUCUGAGGAGGGGAGUCCAACAGCCUGCAGCAGGGUCCUCCAGUGGGAUGGCUCUGGUGGCAGUUAUGCUGUGGAAAGGUGGAAGCAAAGAAUAGACAAAUGACUUCUCCAAUUACCCACAUUUAUUUCAAGAAGGUGUGAGACAAGAGUAACCUGGAACCACUUCAGACCUGAUUUCCCACGUUUUGAAUAGAUCUGUACAUACUUGUUUUGUAUGUUCUUGGAAAAUGUUCCCUGUCUCUCACCCUCCAAACAGCGAGCAGGCCAAAGGCAAGUCAGGAGCUCAGCUGACUGGAAUUAGCUGAUGGCGGUUUUGACACCUAACCUGUGUUUUUAUCUGUUGAUAUUUAAUUUUUUUUUAUUUUAGGGAAACUUAUUUUGAUUUCUGGGGAACUGAGUGGUUGUCUGUGGCCUUGUUCGAUGUGUCAAUCCUGCAUGUUCAGGGUGGCUGUGGCCACUUCCCACCUUUAGUUAGUUUAAGCACAAAGAAUGCAGUUUGGAAGUGUCCAAUUGUGGUGCUACCAGCAGCCAGAUGAGAACUGAAUGUGGUUUGAGCUACAACUGGAUGCAAGGUGGGGAAGGAAAACCUUGUGCUGGCUUUUGAUCCAGUUCAAACCUGACUGGUAUGUUCAUAUUGAAUAAGAAGUGAUGGUUCGCUAAUACUUUGAGAGUUUAAAUCCUGCUCAUCCUGUUUGGGAAGGGCAAGGACAAUGCUUUGCACACUUGCUGGAUCAGAAUCCUGAGCUAUGGUCUGUAUAUUUUACCAGGUAAAAGCUUCUGGGGGAUAAAACCAGAGGCUGCUCUUCGGGGAGGGGGAGGGAAGGGAUUGUUUGACUGCACUGUGCUGCUCUGGGUGGUUGGGAUUUGCCUCAUGCUGCCAGCCCACACGUGGUGCUCAUCCCAGUUCACCAUGUCCAGGAAGUGUGGGAUCCACCUCUGGUCACAGACAUGCACCGCCUCCAUCCCUCUUGCUGCCGUGACCAGGAAUUCUGGUCAAGGUGUUGAUCUUGCUGACCUGUGGCUGCUGCUGGGCUCCUCUGGGCCAUCUCUUACCCUGGGACUCGUUGGGCGUGGCUCUGCCCUUCAUCCCAACAUCGUGGUUCUGCCUGGCAGGGACUGGACUUGCCACCAUGUCUGCCGGAGGUGGAACGAGUGCUGUGGUGGGAGACACUUCUCUGCUGAAGGACAGAGUUCUAAGGUGCAGUGCUGUGAUGGGGCUUUGGGUGAGUCAUCAAAGGCCCCUUCAUCCCACCUUUAUUUCCUGCAGUGCUCAGUAAGGCAGCAGGUGCCGGGACUGCAGGCAAAGCUAUUGCAGCAGCACCUUCUGCACCUGCCCCGUUGCCUGUUUGGUGGUUAAAAGUUGACACCAGUCAGCUCUUGCUGUAAUAGGAGAUUCUGCUCUGAAAAACAGAACAGCAGCACCCCAGCUCACAGGGGUGUCCCUGCUCUCACACCACAGCGGGACUGACACCGAUAUUAACAGGAACAAUGACAGUCGGACCCUGCCAAGGGCAGCGGGGCCAGUCCUGGUGUGUGGCGUGGCGGGUUGGUGGCACCGGCAUGGGGAGACACUUGUGAGCUUAAUGUUUCUCUCAUAACCAGCAAAGAUCUUGACAACUAAUAAACUUCUGAGACCCAA